CCCGUGUUUUACUCACACAGCUGAGAGAAAAGGGAGCCAGUCAGGAAAAAAGGGAGACGGUCUCAGCUCUAUCCUGCAGCAGGCAGAAGCUCUGGCAAACCGCCGUCUCUUUGUUCUACACUGGCUUUGACAACUAAAACCUGAGAUUCACAUGCUGUCGUCUUUAUCGCGACACAUUAAUGACAUGGACUUAUACAAGACACAACAUAUGGAUCAUUUUGGGUCUUGUGUUAAGAGAAGAAGGCAUGACAGCGAACAGUCUGUCUCUAGCGGAACCGGCAGCUGUUCAUCUGGCCUGGAGUACACCGACUUGGAGGCAGCCGAAGCUCUGGUGUGCAUGAGCUCUUGGGGACAGAGUCUCUUCCUCAGCAGCAACAAGCCGAACCCUUGCAAGCCUAGACCCCUCACCCCUGCCUCUGAUUCCUGUGACUCUCUCCUACCGCUGGAGAUCCCAGAACCCCCAAAGGACUUUGUGUCUCUUUCUUCUCUGUGCAUGACACCCCCUCACAGUCCCAGCUUCGUUGAGACCUCAUCGACCAGCGCGGUCCAGGCAAGACCUGGUGGGUCUACACGGUGCUCUGGAUCGGAGCUCCAUCCACUCACCGCUGAGAUGACCCUCUCCCUCCCAGGUCCAGCACAACCCUGCAGAGCCAUGGCGACCAGCGUCAUCCGCCACACUGCAGAUCGAAGCCUCUGCCAACACAUUCCAGUGGCCGCUAGUUCAGAGAGAACCGUAAACGGCGUCAUGGAUGUCCUAGUCUGUAAGCAGCAGCAGGAAUGUCUAGCGAACACCCUGCAGGUGAUCGCGCCGCCCUCACCUCCUGACUUGCUCGCUCCUUCAGAAACUGCGCCCCCUUGCAGCCCCUCAAUACCUUGUUUGAACAGUGCCUCCACCUCCACUUUUGUCAACAGCCAGCCAACAAGCAGCCCACCCACUCCCAGUGUUCCCACCACCUUGUCCCCUCCCCCUGUAACCAGCCCUCAAAUCAUCUGCCAGAUGUUCCCUGUCUGCAGCCAAUCGGGGAUAAUCUCAGCCUUCAUCCCUGGCGCCAUUCAGGGGUCCAGUACUGGAAUUCGGACUGCCACAGCACCCAUUCUCCCACCGCCUGCCUCAGCUAACACCCCCCCUGUUCAGCAGUCCCUUAUCGUGGGCUCAGCUGUGCCCCAGGGCACGGUGAUGCUGGUCCUCCCACAAUCCUCCGUAUCUCAGGCACCUCACUGCCCUCAAACUGUUAUGACCUUGGGCAACACCAAGCUGCUACCCCUGGCCCCGGCCCCUGUGUACAUGCCCGCGGGGACCAACAGCAGCAUAGCCGCCACAAAGAUGGACUUUUCCCGCAGGAGGAACUACGUCUGCAACUUUCCAGGAUGCAGGAAGACCUACUUCAAGAGCUCCCACCUCAAGGCUCACCUGCGAACUCACACAGGUGAGAAGCCCUUCAGCUGCAGCUGGGAAGGCUGUGAUAAGAGGUUUGCCCGUUCCGACGAACUCUCCCGCCACCGCCGCACACACACUGGGGAGAAGAAAUUUGUCUGCCCCGUGUGCGACCGGCGGUUCAUGCGUAGCGAUCACCUAACCAAACACGCCCGCCGUCACAUGACCAUGAAAAAGACUCCUGCCUGGCAGGCGGAUGUUCGCAAUCUGAGCAAAAUGGCUGCUGGCAAAACUCCCUCUAAAGCUGCCGUUGCCACCCUGAGCAUGUUGGUACCUGCUGGCUCGAAGUAAGCAAACGAACAAAUGCCAUCUUUACUCACUCCCACGAUACCAGAGGGACGAAGGGAGCAGCCAAGCGCACAAUGCUGCUCCUCUUUACUCAUUGGAAUUGAUAAAAAACAUGCACUGGAUUUCCCUGCUCAUUUGUACACCUGUGUUCUCUAGAAGACGUUUGGUUUACUUUUUUAUAACUAUUACUGAUCAUUUGUAUGCAGUCUUGCCAAAGCCUUUGUAUGAAGUUGGUUUUCAACGUUUCACUUUCCCCACGUCUCGGGAGACAUUUUCCUCAUUCUAUUACUGACGUCUAAGUGAAUGUAUUUGUUUUUCUAUGAAAGGAGUUUAUUUGUCUUAUUCGGAGAAAAAGAAAGAGACACUGUAAAUAUGAAUACUAAUCAUCAGUACUAUGAUUAUACCUUGAUUGUAUCUCCUCGGCUUACUUUUUGUUAUUAUUUAAUUUCAUAUUUGUAAUAAAAAGAUGUUUAAAUGAA